AUGCAAGAGGAGGCUGGCUGCUUCAACGGGAGCCUCACCUUUUAUGUUUGCUGUUCCGAUGAGGGUGCUCUUGAUCGUGCCCACGUGCCUGUUACGCUGUUGCAUGGUUGGCGUGAGAACGGGACUCUGGACGGCGUGCAGCAGGUGUGGCCCCUAUACCCUGGAGCCAAGUGUGUAGUGGAAGCCAGCAGCCACCUGGCCGCCCUACAUUACAGUUUCCGCAACUGUGCGGCCGCCUGCCAAAAAGCAGCAGCUUGUUUCAGACGCUGCGCCGAGCGACAAUUGCAGGCGGCACAGCUUGAGAACAUUACGCUCGGGAUGGUGGACGACUAUGAGGAGUCUCGGCUGACCCCUUGUUGGCCUCGACAGAAAGACUGGCACGACAUCUCAGUGGUACUUUCAAGUAGCCUUGCUUUUGGCCGUGACGACAUCGUGGAUCAGCUGUACAACUCAAUCUUGACAAUCAACACGUACAUCUUCGAAAUGAACCAGAUGAGGCUGGACAAGCAGCAGGCAGUUUUCCACCCACAGCCUUCGACUGAGCAGUUCAGAUUUCCGCCUCGGCCCUUGGGGUACCCACUACGUGCUGUGGAGGCGACGUGCCUUCCCGGACCUGCGAAAGCCCACCGUGGGGCCGUGCUGGAGCGCCUCACGAAGGAGCUGUCCUUGUCAAAGAGGGAUGGUCUCGACUUCGUGGAGCUCGGGGUUUCGGUGGGAAAUCUGUCACGCUUCCUUGUGAGUGAGCUUCGGCCACUGUUAAGGGAGGUUCACCUGGUGGACACGUUUGAUCCCGAGAAUGCCGGGGAAGAGUUCAAGCCGACAAUGCGGUCCUCGGCAGAGUCCAUCAUAAGUCUGGACCUCGGUUACGAAGAGUGUCCACUUGGAGUACCUGCCAUCACAUGGCCUCAUAUAUCUCUUUGCAGUCGGCCACCAUUGCGGAGGGUCGUCGUCCAUCAACAGAUGAGCCACUUAGCAGCGGAAGCUUUUGCCGACGCUUCGCUUGACUUGGUUUUCGUAGAUGCAUCGCACCUUUAUCCAGACGUUUAUGCGGACAUCAGUGCUUGGUGGCCAAAGGUCUCACAUGGAGGCAUCCUUGCCGGACACGACUUUCGUUAUAAAGUUGGGGGCGUGCGCGAGGCAGUGGCACAGCUUCUGAAGACGGAGGUUUUCUUGGAUUCCGACACCGUCUUCUGGGCCUGCCGGGCAAGAAACUGA